AUGAAGAUCGCAUCUCUCUUCCCCUUGGCUGCAGUUGCCACCGCAUUAAUGCCCUCGCUUUCUGCGGCUGCACAGAACGCGACCCUCAGCAUCUUGACCAACAACGUCUACUUCCUCAGCGAGACGCUUUAUCCUAAUUGGGGACAGAGAACCAGGGCGCAACUGAUCGUCAACUCGGACUAUGUCAAGGGCCACGACGUUAUUGUGCUUGAAGAAUGUUUUGAUUCUGACCCCUGUGGAAUCAUCAGGGACGGCCUUCGCUCGCAAUAUCCUUACCAAACUCCUACGGUCGGACAAACCAAAAGUGGUUGGGACUCAACCACUGGUUCAUACUCCACCACGGCGCCCGAGAACGGCGGUGUUGUCAUCCUAAGCAAGUGGCCUAUGACCCAGAAAAACCAGUUUAUCUAUAAGCGCGCCUGCGGAGCCGACUGGUUCUCCAACAAGGGCUUCGCUUAUGUCGUCCUGGACUAUAACGGUACGAAUGUCCAUGUCUUUGGUACACACAUGCAGAGCGAUGACUCUGCGUGCUCGUCCGGCGAAGCCGCGAGUUGUCGUGCUAGUCAACUCGAUGCCUGGCGGUCGUACAUCGAUUCUCGUAACAUCGCUGCCAACGAGUUAAUUAUCAUGGCAGGCGACUUUAACAUCAAGCGAGACACUGCAGAGUUCAGUUCGAUGCUUACGCGUCUGAACGCCAACCAACCCACGACCUACGAUGGUCACCCAUGGACUUGGGAUACGCAGACGAACGACAUUGCUCAUUACAAUUAUCCAAAUGAUUCACCAGAAUACAUUGACUUUGUCCUCACUGACAAGAAGCAUAAAGCCGUUAAAUCCUCUGUCCAGACAUGCCUCCUCGUCCACUCUCCCGAGUACAUCCUCAAAUCAGUCGCCUAUCACGAAUACAGCGACCACUAUCCAGUCCGCACAGUCAUCCAGGCCGAUCUAUCUUAA